UGAGAGCUAAUGAGCCCACACCCUCACUUUCCCAUCUCAAAUCUUUUUUUUCCCUUUCCACUUCAACUCUCUUAUAUUUACUCCCACACUUUCCUCUCACAUUCCCUCACUUUCUCUCCAUCCAAACACCAAAAUGAUCCCCCUCCUCCUCUCCCUCCUCCUCCUCUUCACCUCCCCGUCUCUCUCCCUCAACCAAGAAGGCCUCUACCUUAACCAAAUCAAACUCUCACUCACCGACCCGGACUCGGUUCUCUCCUCCUGGUCCGACCGCGAUUCCUCCCCAUGUUCUUGGUUUGGUAUCACCUGCGAACCAUUAACUCACUCGGUUACUUCCGUUGAUCUUUCUAGCGCCAACUUAGCCGGACCGUUUCCGUCGCUACUUUGCCGUUUAAACAACCUUACUUUCAUCUCCUUCAAUAAUAACUCUAUUAACGACGUUCUUCCUGCUGACAUUUCCACGUGUCGUAAUCUUGAGCAUCUUGAUCUCGCUCAGAAUUACCUCACCGGUACACUGCCGUACACGCUAGCUGAGUUACCUAAUCUGAAGUUUCUUGACCUCACCGGAAAUAAUUUCUCCGGUGAUAUUCCGGAAUCUUUCGGUUAUUUUCAAAAACUUGAGGUUAUUUCUUUAGUUUAUAAUCUGUUCGACGGUGUUAUACCGCCGUUCUUGGGUAAUAUUAGUACUUUAAAAAUGCUUAACUUGUCCUACAACCCGUUUUCUCCGGGUCGGAUCCCGCCGGAGCUUGGGAAUUUGACUAACUUGCAAAUUCUUUGGCUUACUGAUUGUAACCUAGUUGGUGAAAUACCUGACUCGCUGGGUCAGCUCAAACAGCUUAAAGAUUUAGACCUUGCUCUCAACAAUUUAGUGGGUCAUAUCCCGAGUUCUCUCACUCAGUUGACCAGUGUCUUCCAAAUUGAGCUGUAUAACAACUCGCUAACCGGCGAGUUGCCUGCUGGGUUAGGCAAUUUGAUUGCAUUGAGACUCUUAGAUGUUUCCAUGAACAAGUUGACCGGUCCGAUUCCAGACGAGUUGUGCGGGUUACAAUUGGAAAGUCUCAAUCUUUACGAGAAUCAUUUCACUGGGAGCUUGCCAGCAAGCAUUGCCAACUCGGAGAAAUUGUACGAACUCAGGCUGUUUCAGAACCAACUCAGUGGCGAGUUACCUCAAAAUCUCGGCAAGAAGUCACCUUUAAGAUGGCUUGACGUGUCAAGCAACAAAUUUUCCGGCGAGAUACCGUCAAGCUUGUGUUCAAAAGGUGAGUUGGAGGAGCUGUUGAUAAUUCAUAACUCGUUUACUGGUAAAAUACCUGAAAGUUUGAGUCUUUGUCCGAGUUUAGCCCGAGUUCGAUUGGGUUAUAACCGGUUAUCCGGUGAAGUGCCAUCUGGGUUUUGGGCUUUGCCUAAUGCUUAUCUUGUUGAGCUUGUUAAUAAUUCAUUAACUGGUCAAAUUGGUAAAACUAUAGCUGGUGCUUCAAAUUUGUCACAGUUGAUUAUUGAUAAUAAUAAUUUUAAUGGAAGCUUACCUGAUGAGAUUGGUUUGUUGGAAAAUCUUGGGUCUUUUUCUGGUAGUGGAAAUAAAUUUAGUGGAUCUUUGCCAGGAACUAUUGUGAAUUUGAAGCAAUUGGGUAAUCUUGAUUUGAGUAACAAUUUGUUUUCUGGGGAGUUGCCUAGUGGAAUUGAUUCUUGGAAGAGAUUGAAUGAGCUUAAUCUGGCUAAUAAUGCGUUUUCGGGUAAGAUUCCGGAGGAAAUUGGGAAGCUGCCUGUGCUUAAUUAUCUUGAUUUGUCUAGCAACAGAUUUUCCGGAAAAAUUCCGUUUAGCUUGCAGAAUUUGAAGUUGAAUCAGCUUAAUUUGUCAAAUAAUAAGCUAUCCGGGGAAAUUCCGACUCUGUUUGCGAAGGAGAUGUAUAAAAACAGCUUUCUUGGGAAUCCUGGUUUGUGUGGAGAUAUUGAAGGGUUAUGUGAUGGAAGAAGUGAAGGAAAGAAUCGAGGUUAUGUUUGGUUAUUGAAAUCAAUUUUUGUACUUGCUGCUUUAGUUCUUGUUAUUGGUGUGGUUUGGUUCUACUUCAAGUACAGGAAUUACAAGAAAGGAAAAGCUAUUGAUAAGACUAAAUGGACAUUGAUGUCGUUUCACAAAUUGGGUUUUAGUGAAUUCGAGAUCUUGGCUUCUCUCGACGAGGAUAAUGUAAUAGGGACCGGAGCAUCUGGAAAAGUAUACAAAGUUGUGCUCAGCAAUGGUGAGGCGGUUGCAGUGAAAAAGCUUUGGGGAGUAACCAAAAAGGAGUGCGACGAAAAUGAUGUUGAGAAAGGUCCGGUUAAGGAUGAUGGUUUUGAGGCAGAAAUUGAUACAUUGGGUAAGAUUAGGCAUAAGAAUAUUGUUAAGCUUUGGUGCUGCUGUACUACUAGAGACACUAAGCUUUUGGUAUAUGAGUACAUGCCUAAUGGAAGCUUGGGGGAUUUGUUGCAUGGUACCAAAGGUGGGUCGUUAGAUUGGCCAACGAGGUAUAAGAUUCUUUUAGAUGCCGGUGAGGGGCUUUCGUAUUUGCAUCAUGAUUGUGUUCCUCCAAUCGUGCAUAGAGAUGUGAAAUCGAACAAUAUUUUGUUGGAUGGAGAAUUCGGUGCACGAGUUGCGGAUUUUGGUGUAGCCAAAGUGGUUGAUUUGACAGGGAAGCCUAAAUCCAUGUCUGUCAUUGCAGGAUCUUGUGGAUACAUUGCUCCAGAGUAUGCCUACACACUUAGGGUGAAUGAGAAGAGCGAUAUCUACAGCUUCGGGGUAGUGAUUCUCGAGUUAGUCACACGCAGACGUCCGGUUGAUCCGGAGUUCGGAGAGAAAGACUUGGUGAAGUGGGUUUGCACCACUCUAGACCAGAAGGGAGUGGACCAUGUCAUUGAUUCCAAACUCGAUUCUUGUUUCAAGGAAGAGAUAUGCAAAGUUCUCAACAUUGCCAUUCUCUGUACAAGUCCACUACCCAUCAAUCGACCAUCCAUGAGACGAGUCGUGAAAUUGCUGCAAGAAAUUGCGCCAGAAACCGCGCUUAAGACGGUUAAAAAGGAUGGAAAGUUGACACCGUAUUACUAUGAAGAUGCAUCAGAUCAGGGAAGUGUAGCUUGAGGGUUAUAGUCUAAUUCGUUUCUGCAAGCUCAGAUGAUGAAGGAGCUAGCCAUGAAGCUCCAAUUUUUCCUGUUGUUGGGCUAACUUCCCAGUUUUUUACUUGCAGUUUUGCAGUGUGCCUUAAGAAAAUGAAAGAAAGAUCCAUACAUUAGGUUAGUUUAUGGUAAGGAAAGAAAAGUGCAGUAAAAAGUUAAAACUGGAAAGGAAGGAGUUAUAAAUUAUUAACUUCUUUUACCCUGUAAAUUGAUUAUUGCUGAAAUUUUCCCUUAAAAUGGCAGCCUCACGCGAGAAUGUUAAUUUUUUUCGUUGCGAUUAGCAAAUUAUAUUGUUUUCUUUA